AACCAAUGCUUCUACAUCAAGGCCAUUAUGUCUGAGCUUGUGUGACACUUCAACAAAGCUACUCUAUAAUCAAUUACUAGAAAAUGAGUUUCCUAAACCAUUUCAUUAUAGCUAUGUUUAUCAUUUUCACAACAUGGAUUAUCCCCCACGUAAUAUCUACCAGGGUCCUUGAACCAUGCUCAUCAAAUAAACAUGAAAAAUGGAUGGCACAAUUUGGAAAGUCUUACAAAGAUGAUGCAGAGAAAGAAAAACGUUACCAAAUAUUCAAAAACAAUGUAGAGUUCAUUGAAUUGUUCAAUGCUGCUGGAGACAAACCUUUCAACCUUGGUAUAAAUCAUUUUGCAGACCUAAGUAAUGAAGAAUUUAAGGCUUCACUUAAUGGUAAGAAGAAGUUACAUAAUAUUGGGAUUGGCAACGUAAAAGAAACAUCGUUCAGGUACCACAAUGUAACUUCUCUUCCUGCUGCCAUGGAUUGGAGGAAAAGAGGUGCUGUUACUCCUAUCAAAGAACAAGGCACAUGUAGUAGUUGUUGGGCAUUUUCAAGUGUGGCAGCAACAGAGAGUAUCCACCAAAUAAGAGGAGGUGAAUUAGUAUCACUCUCAGAGCAAGAACUAAUAGAUUGUGUAAAAGGUAAUAGUUCAGGUUGCAGUGGUGGUUACAUGGAAGAUGCAUUCGAAUUCAUUGAGAAGAAAGGAGGAAUAGCAAGUGAAGCACAAUACCCUUACAAAGAAGCUGAUAGAAGUUGUAAGGUUAAGAAAGAAGCAAAACAUGUGGCAGCUGUGAUUAAAAGAUAUGAGAAAGUUCCUUCAAAUAGUGAAAAAGCACUUGUUAAAGCAGUGGCAAAUCAACCUGUUUCUGUUUAUGUAGAUGGAGGAGGAUCUGGUUUUCAAUUUUACUCUGGUGGAAUAUUUACAGGGAAAUGUGGAACUGAUACUGAUCAUGCUGUUACUGUAGUUGGUUAUGGUGUAUCACAUGAUGGGAUGAAAUAUUGGAUUGUGAAAAAUUCUUGGGGUAAUGAUUGGGGUGAGAAAGGAUACAUGAGGUUGAAGAGAGACAUUGGUUCUAAGAAAGGUUUAUGUGGAAUUGCCACCAAUCCCUCUUAUCCAGUUGCUUAAUUAUCUCUUACCAGAUACUCUGUAAUACAACAGAAUAUAAACAAACAAAAAUAUCUCAAUAAUUUGACGUAUAUGAUUCAAAAGUAAAAUAAAAUAUAUUAAUUUUU